AUGUACGCCAGGAAAGCCCUGUACAAGCGCAAGUACACGGCUCCAGAGACAAAGAUAGAAAAGAAGAAGAAGCAGAGGCCUCGUGCCACCAUUACCAAGCCAGUGGGUGGAGACAAGAAUGGAGGCAGCCGGGUGGUUAAAAUCCGGAAAAUGCCCAGGUACUACCCCACGGAGGACGUGCCCCGCAAGCUGCUGAGCCACGGCAAGAAGCCGUUCUGCGAGCACAAGCGGCGGCUCCGCGCCUCCAUCACCCCGGGCACGGUGCUCAUCCUGCUCACCGGGCGGCACCGCGGCAAGCGUGUUGUCUUCUUGAAGCAGCUGGACACUGGCCUUCUGCUGGUUACAGGCCCCCUGGUUGUCAACCGUGUCCCCCUGCGUAGGGCCCACCAGAAGUUUGUUAUUGCCACGUCUACAAAGGUUGAUCUCACUGGAGUGAAAAUUCCCAAACAUCUCACUGAUUCCUACUUCAAGAAGAAGAGGCUGCGGAAGCCCAAGCACCAGGAAGGCGAGAUCUUUGACACUGAAAAAGAAAAAUACGAGCUGACGGAGCAGCGCAAGGCAGACCAGAAGGCCGUGGAUUCCCAGAUCCUGGCCCGGAUCAAGAAGGUGCCUCAGCUCCGUGGGUACCUGCGCUCCACCUUCUGCCUCUCCAAUGGAGUCUAUCCUCACAAAUUGGUGUUCUAG